UCAAUAAAUAAGUUGGUUAUAAAAUAUGCUUGAAGAUUGCAACACAGAGAGAUUACUUGGCAGACUAAAAUAAUUGGGAGCUUCUGAUUGGACCCUUCAAGCAAUAGUGUUGUUAAUAUGUUAAUUAUUAGAUUAUGUUACUAGAAUAAUUAUUGGAGACACACGCAUGCACACACACAAACACAAUUAUGUCCAUUCAUGUAUUAUAUCCUUAUAUGCAAACUAAUUUUUUCCCUUAUACACAGGGAUUUAUGUUCUAUGCUGGAUGCAUAUUUUUGCACCCCUUUUGAAAUUAUUAUGGUGCAUAUGUGAUAUACCUAGCUUGUACUCAUUCCAACCGAAGGGGUGUGUCUUUAAUUUCCCUUUUAAGAAGAAACCUUCUGCAGUGAUAUGUCUCUAUAUUGGCAAAUGAUUAUGGUAGAAAUACCAGGAAACUAAUUGGAACUCAUAAAGCUCAUGAGCAUCACGGAGCCAAUAGUGUGAUAAAUUUUAUUUUAUGUCUGCAACUUUUGGUAUCACAAAGCAAGGAUGAACCCCCUACAUUUUUUACACCUUUAACUACAUUAUUUGUUGUGCCAUUGUGGAUGUACCUACCAGAUAUUUGAAUAAAAUUUAGCCAUUCAAUAUACAUACCAGGAAAUUUAGACGCUCUUGUUCGUUACAGGCAUAAACACCUUACUGCAAAUGUUCUUCGUGUCUCGCCUCCCCAUCGUGAUGGGUGGCUCCUACAGCUUCGCCAUGCCAACCAUCUCCAUCAUCUUGGCUGGACGCUACGACGUGUGGGAGAUCCUCACGAGUUUAACACAUAUUGGAGGGUGGGAGGAUAUACCGGUGCAAUGGAUGAACCAAGACUACCAAGAGGUCAAUUGCGUCUUCUUUCAUCAGAAAUUGUUGUGCACUGAUAAUUUUGUUACUUCUCACCCUCCCUAUUCAAACAGAAUUCAAGCAUAUUACAUGAUGUAUGUAUAUAAGAAGCUUAGUCAUGUGUCAGGCUUUGCAAAUAAAACUUAGAGCUCAAGUAGUUCAGAAUCAUACUGAAUAUCGCUUAUCAUGUAUCUAUAAUAACAAGCAUAACUGACUAUGAUUUUUUUAGGAUAUUAUUUGCAGAUUUUAGGAAAGGAAACCUGACAGAGUUUCAGGGAAGUGGAGUGAGUUCCCUAUUUACAUUUAAAUUGUACUCCCUUCCUUCUUGAAAAGAAGGCAUAUCAGUUUUGGUCAAAGUCAAACAAUGUAUUGGUUUGCUCUUUUGCUACAUGUUCUUAAAUUAUUGCAUGAUGCAUCUCUAGGCGGUGAGACCAGAAGCUGGGUGAUCAAAGCAACUACAUGAUGCAUCUCUGACUAUGUAGCUGUUUACCAUAAGCUGGGU